CCUCUGUCUUCUCUCCUACCCAUUAAUCUCUGUCUCCCUCUCUCUCUCUCCAAAACGUCCUUCUCUCUCUAAAAGUCUAGGGUUUUUGGUCUAUCCCUUCGAAGGAUUCCCUUUUCCAGUGGGGGGGAAUUAAAAAACUUGACCUCCUGUUCAUGGGCUGUUUUGCCAAUUCUUGACACAAUUCAGAGAACAAUUCUCAGUUUGGAAUGGAGGUCCCAGGGAUGGAUGAGAUCAAUAAGACUGAAAGUCAUUUGACAUCAGCUGCAGCUUUUGUGGAGGGGGGAAUUCAAGAAUCCUGUGAUGAUGCUUGCAGUAUAUGCCUGGAGGCCUUCAUUGAGAGUGACCCUUCAACAGUGACUACUUGCAAGCAUGAGUUCCACCUUCAGUGCAUUCUUGAAUGGUGCCAGAGAAGCUCUAACUGUCCAAUGUGUUGGCAAUCCAUUAGCUUGAAGGAUCCUUCCAGUCAGGAAUUGCUUGAAGCUGUGGAACGGGAGAGGAGCUUUAGGUUUAAUCCUUCAAGGAAUUCCACUAUAUUCCAUCAUCCCACCCUUGGGGGUUUCGAAUUACAGCAUUUACCAGUUGGUGCAAAUGAUGCUGAGCUUGAAGAGCGAAUUAUCCAGCACUUGGCUGCUGCUGCUGCAAUGGGAAGGGCCCACCACCACAUUGCUCGGAGGGAUGGCCCAAGGAGUCGGUCAUCUGUUCAUGGUCGUCCACAGUUCGUGGUGCUUUCCUCUCAUCCUAAUUCACCUCCUGCUUAUCUGGCACCUGUAGGAGGGGAAUCUGAACCAGCUACUAUUACUGUAGCUAGUCCAUCUGUUCCACUUGCUGGUGGGGAUGAACCGCAACAGCAUAGGCACCAGUUUCAUUCUGUUCAAACUGAUCAAUUUUCCUCCUCAUCCUCUGGAUCUACCAUGAUACCGGGAAAUCGACAAGGAAUAUCUGCUCAUAAUCGUCAAACUUCCCUGCCAAAUCAAGAUAGAGCAGGACCAUCGGAUUUACAGUCAUUUUCAGAAUCAGUGAAAUCUCGAUUUAAUUCGAUGUCAAUGAGAUACAAAGAGACAAUUUCAAAGGGUACAAGGGGGUGGAGGGAGAGGCUGUUCUCUCGUAGUAACACUUCUGUGGCAGACAUUGGUUCUGAAGUUAGGAGGGAAGUGAAUGCUGGAAUUGCUAGCGUCUCUCGCUUGAUGGAGCGCCUUGAAACCAGAGAAAAUAGCAGAGCGGACCAUGCUUCAGCUUCACAUAAUCUAGCCGGUCCUUCAGUUACAGAGCAGCUCAACCAAAAUAAUGUGGAAACUCGUCAUGAAACCUCACGGAAUGACAGCAGCACUGCAGCUAUUGCUGCUAGUUCAGUUUCAAAUUAAGUUCUUGGAAAUUAUUUAAGCAAUCUGCAUCUGUCCUCAGCAUUUCAUGUUUGAAGGUUGUGAACCCCUUGUCUUCAGAGAUGACAUGCUGAGGGUAAGAUGCAUAGCAUUUUAGGCCGAAGGGGGACUGUAAAGAGCCAGGAACCAUUGUGGUCCGAUCCCAAUAAAGGAAAGGAAGUCAGUGAGAGAGAGGGAGAGAGAGAGAGCUUUGAUAUCAACGGACGACAAUACCUUUUUAUUUAAACGGGUAUGUGCCUGUAAAUUAUUUUAUGUUUAUAUAAAAAUUCAGAUUCGGUAUCAAAUAUGUCGCACAAUUUGUUACAUAUGCUUAUGGAAAUAUUAAUAUGAACCUGGAAGUGACUACUUCUGGCUUGUUUUAUAAAUGGUUAGUACUCUUAUGUAUUCA